AUGGGAGAAGCGUUUUUGUGGCUGCUGUUCUUCUUAAUUCUGAUUUGCCUUGUUGCCAUGGUUAUAUAUCAGCUGGUCUGCUUGUCGGAUUUAGAGUUAGAUUAUAUCAACCCCUAUGAUUCUGCAAGAAGAAUAAACAUGGUGAUUUUGCCAGAGUUCAUUACUCAAGCGGUUCUAGGCAUACUUUUUCUUUUGACCGGGCAUUGGUUUAUGGCACUGCUCAGCAUUCCUUACGCUUACUACAACUUCAGAUUGUAUGCCCAACGAGAACACCUUAUAGAUGUAACUGAGAUUUUUAAUUUGCUCGACCGGGAAAAGCAAAGACGGAUUUUCAAACUGGGGUACAUAGCACUUCUCAUCGUCACAAACCUGUUCUGGUUGAUUUACACUGCGUUGGAAGAUGACGACAACAUAGUGUAG